GAAUUAAUGACCCUCACUGUAGGUCACACAUGGCGGUAACUGUACUCGUGCCUCGAUGGCUCAAAAAACACAGGAUUCGAACGACACUGUGGGUGACCCUUCUGUUGUAAACAGGGGUCUGAAAAUUCUCACUGGACUGAAGAAGAUUAGUUUUUCAUCGGAACAUGCGUAUGCACAACAAAAUCAACCACUUGAUAUUUUAGACUGACUGCUGCAAUAUUUACUGGCUUUCGGUCUAUUCGUUUAGCUGCUGAAUGGUAAAGUAAACCAGAAAUUUUUGUUAUAUUUAGGGUCGCAUCUCAUGCAAGGGAUCCCUUGCUGUUUACUGAUUUUGAAGUGGAUUUCCAUGUAUAUAUGAGCUUAGACAGGAAGUUCGAAUCUGAUGUCCAAUCAUUCCUGUCGGCUGCACGGAGUUAUAUAGGAUGGUCAUACGUUUUUGACCGUCCAGCUCAUGUUCCAGUACUUCAUCUGAGAGUGAAACCUCAAGAUGCAUUGGUUCUGGAAUCCAUUUUUGCUAAAACAUUCAAUCUCUUUAAUGCUAAUCCCCCUACUGAUAUCAAGAUAUUAUUUGAAUUGCUGGUAGAUACUGAAGCCUCUGUCAUUUUCAGAUUUGCAGAGCCCAAAGUGUAUGCUCUGCUACAACAGAUCUCAGAAGCGUUCAUCGAAAACCUGUCAAAAGUUCACUUAGGUUUUGAGGUGGUUUCCAACUCAUGCAAAUCAAAUAAUCUAUUCACAUUAGUCAGUAGCAUUAAAUCUUGUGAUGAAACGAAUCUGAUUUUAAAGCAACUUAAAGAAGCUUAUUUACCUAAUGAUUAUUGUAUCAAUGAUGGUAAUCGUCAACUCAAAUUCUGCUUAUAUUCACACGAUCCCCGUUUGAGAGAUUCAAAUCUAGAGGCAUAUGAAAUGUUAACAAAUGUAGAACCGGAUAUAAUUGCUUAUAAUGACAACGAUUGUACACAAGUGGACGAAGAAAGUGUAGAACAAUUUUAUAGUGGCAAAAUACAAAAUAAUACUAUUACUAAGAGUAAUGGUAGUGGACUAACCUAUUGUGAUGAUAAUAAUAGUAGGAAUAAUAUGCCUGAUAAUUCAACUACAAACAAUUCAUCACAGGAAUAUCAUCAUAAACAUCUGUCACAUUAUGCUGGUGAUUACAUUCUAUUAGUUGAUUCUAUGUGCUUAAAAGAACGCCUAGGCUGUCCGUAUGGAAUAAAUCUGUCUACUGGUGAAUCUGGUCUGUUUAAUCUAUCAGCUGGUAGACGUAUACCACAGAGUCAAACAUGGACAUUACACUGUUCUGUCCCUGUAAAAUUAUCGUCACCAAUGGAAUCAUCUGUUGGACGCAUUUGCACAGAUGAAAAUAUCAGUGAAGAGUUUAAAAAGCAGACAAGUCAAAAUUCUAGUCUUAUCGCGGUAAAUUUAAAUUCAUCAUGUCGUAUACCGCCGCCGUCACUGCGGCCGACAUUGUCCCCGUCACCAUCAUCAUCAUCAUCUUCAGUGUCGCCGUCAUUACCACCGUCGUCGAUGUUGUGGAAACAUUCUUCUCAGUCUUCUCACUCGUCUUCAUCUGAAUCGACUAGUGAUGAUCGUGAAAGGAAUACUAAUGAUAAUAUUACUAAUAGUAAUUCCACUGAACGAACCGAUACCACGGUUACCAGUUACUACAGUACAACAACAUCAACACCAGCAACUGCAACAAGUCAAGCAAAUGUAUACUUCAAGUGUGGUAGUGCAACAACAAGUUGUUCUGAUGAAUUUCAACCGAAGUUAAUAACCAAUCAUAACAAUAAUAAUGAGAAUUUGGAUGGUGCUAAUGUUGAUAAUGGCAAUAAAAGCGAGAGUGGUCGGCAUAAAAUGAUAAAUACUCACAGUAGUACUUCUGCUACUACAGCGAAACAUCAUAAUCAUGCUAAAGGAAGGCAAAUGUAUGUUAUGCGACACGCUGAACGUGUAGACAUGAGUUUUGGUCAUGCAUGGGUUACUCAGUGUUUUGAUCAUAAAGGAGUUUAUCGUAGAUACAAUUUAAAUCUUCCACCAUGGUUACCAAGUAGAUCAGAUUGCUUAGAGUAUAUUUUGGACUCACCAAUUACUCAGGUUGGAUUAUUUGUAUCAGCUGAAACUGGUCGAGCACUGGCAGAUGCUGGAGUUCAAUUUACUGCGUGUUAUUGUUCACCAGCUUUUCGAUGUGUUCAAACUGCAUGUGAAUUAUUACGAGCAAUGGGCCGAUUUGAUUUACCUGUUCGUAUAGAACCACAUCUGUUUGAAUGGUAUGGUUGGUAUGCUGGUAAUCGUUUACCGAAACUGAUGACUCCUAAUCAACUGAAACAAGCUGGUUAUAAUGUGGAUAUAAAUUAUAAACCAUUGAGUGUAUUCACUGAAAAAGAUUUUAAUGAAUCUAUACAAGGCUAUUGUGAUCGUACUGGUCUACUAAUUAAACGUAUAUUAAAUAUUCAUAAAUCUAAAGAUACCUGUAUAUUGAUUGUUGGUCAUGCUUGUUCCCUGGACACAUGUACACGUCAUUUAGUGAAUCAUACUUUUCGACAUCAUAUCUCUUCAGAUGAAUUCCAACAUCGUACGUCGAUUGUACCGUAUUGUGGUCUACUAUUGGCUCAAGAGAAUCGUCGAUGGAAUCUUGUUGAAGCGCCUAUCCCGAAUGCUUGUUCAUAUGGAAGAAAUUCUGAUUAUGAUUGGAAAGAGUUGCUUGGAUCAACGCUGUGUAAUUUUAAGAUUAAAUAAGAGAAUUAGAAUAGUGAUAGCGGAAGUGAAAUUGAGAUGUUGGUGGCCUUCGUGGUUGAGGUGGUGGGAAUAAACUCUCGUGGCAGUCUUACUAUUACUAUUUUUUUCCGUUUUGUUAUUUUGCAUUUAUAUAUGUGUAUAAUAUUUUCGAUUGAUUUUCUAAAGACAACAGAGAAAACGCGCAACAAAUGUAUAAAAUUUCAGCCAGUCAAUCAAUCAGUCACUCGUAUUUUCCUCCGUAUUCAUACUAUUUAUAUUAUUAUUAUUGUCACUACUACUACUAUUACUAUUGUUAUUGCUACUAUUAUUAUUAUCAUCAUCAUCGAUCGGUAUACUAUAUCACUCACUCUUCACAUAUCCUACAAAGGCGCCUUCAUCAGAGUUGUUUUUGACAGAAAUAGAUAUAUAUAUAGUAUCCUACCUUAAUCAGGUACUUGGUUUUGUUUUGUUUCUUUUUUUGUUUCGCGUUUGUUUCCACUGUUUGAGAUCGUUGACUAGUACUGACGCCUGAGCAGACAUGAAAUCAUUUGUUACUAUUAUUAUCAUCACAGAAGAGGAGUGAAGUGCAGUGCAAUGCAGUGGAGUGGAGUGGAGUGUAUAUUCAAUUUAUUUUUUAUGUAAAUAUAUACAUGUUAUUUAUUGAAGUGUUAUUUCUUGUUUUGUUUUUGAAGCUUGUUAGUAUUCAAUGAAUGAAUGAAGGAAUGUGACUGACUG